AUGAAUGACUUUACUGCUUUCCUCCAAAAGGAAGAGGCUGCCAGGAUCACUGCACUGAGGAAGGAAGAGGAGCAGAAGAGUCAGAUGAUGAAGCAGAAGAUUGAGGAGCUCAGCAGAGAAAUAUCAGUUCUGUCAGAAACAGUCAGAGCCACAAAUGAGGAUCUGAGAGCUACAGACGUCUUUUUCCUGCAGAAUUACACAACUGCAGUGGAAAGGAUCGAGCAGCGCUCGCUAAUGGAUGAUCCACAGCUGGUCUCUGGAGCUCUGGUUGACGUGGCCAAACACCUGGGCAACCUGACCUAUGAUGUCUGGAACAAGAUGAUGCAUGAGGUCUCCUAUUGUCCUGUGAUCCUGGACCCCAACACUGCAGAACCAAACCUUAGACUGCAUCAGGAUCUGACAGCUGUGAUGUAUCAACACACAAAGGGUUGGGCUCCAAGAAAUCCAGAGAGGUUUGAGGGCUAUCUCACAGUUCUGGGCUCGGAGGGUUUUGACUCAGGGACUCACAGUUGGGUGGUUGAAGUUGGAAAUAAUGCAGACUGGGCAGUGGGUGUGAUAGGAGAGUCUGUCCAGAGGAAGGCAGACAUGCCGACUGGAUGCUGGAGUGUUUGGUUCCGUGAUGGUAAAUACAGAGCGUUCUCACCAACAGUGAAAGACAAAGCUCUCUCAGUGAAAAAGCCGCUGCAGAGGAUCAGAGUGCAUCUGGACUGCAAAAGUAAGACAGUGACAUUUUCUGAUCCAGAUAGAAACACAACGAUGCACACAUUCCCAGUGACACUUACUGAGAAGCUUUUUCCCUUCAUCAACACACAAAAUGCCGUUCCACUGGAGAUAUGCCCAGUCAGAGUGUCUGUGAAGUUAGACAAAGGUGCUUUUGUUACCAGAAGACGGUUAUUAGGUGAAUUAGUAGGUCUAACCUCUGCUAUUGUGUCAUUUGUUUUUGGAGCAGUAUACUAAGAGAACAUCCACUGUUCUGUUUUAAUCAUGAGUGUCUAUAUGUGAUCUUGCUGGUAUUUUCUCGUCUUAAAGCAAAUAUCAUGGGUGUGCAGGAAGACACCCUCUACCAGCUGUUUCAAAAAUACACACUUGUGUGAAAUUUUGUGUAAAAGAUGUAAGUUUAGAGCAUUUUAAUGGAAGUCAAGGUUUGAUUUGGUUAAUCUGGGUUUGCACGUUUAACCCUAAUGCACCCAUUUUUGUCCUUCAGGACCUCACUGUUUUGAAUU